AUUGUGAGGUACAGGUAGUUGCAAAUGCUCCGGUAGGGUGAAGUUGUAAACUGCAGCUUAAUUGUGAGUGUCAUCGAUCACAAGUGCAGUCGACAGGCUGUGAGAAUACAUUUUAACAAUUUAAAGCUCAUCAAAGCCGGAAAAAUGUUUACAGAGUUAGGAAUUUCCCUUUUGUGCUAUGCAUCGACAUUUGUACUAUGCCACGUCCUCCGUUUCUUCCUCCGCCGACUUCUCCCGAGGGCUUCCUAUCCGUACGCCGCAGAAUUCGUCGACACUUUUCAUAUGAUUUGCUGCCUUUACGAAAAUGGGAUGGUGCUAAAAUUAGGACUCCUGCCUUUUGCCGUGUGCCUUUUCACCUUAUCGAUCGUUUAUGCGUUUUUAUUUGAGGGUUUUGCAAAUCCAGCAGUUGUUCUCGAUUAUGUUUUAAGAAGGAAAGUGAGCUUUUUGACAGGUGUUUUUCGUGUGAUGUUGGAAUUGAUUGCUGCAAUUGUUGCCUACCGAUACACGACAUUCGUGUGGAAGACUUUUGCUCCAUCUUCCAGGCAUUACCAGGCAGCGACAGUAGAGAUGCUAGCGGAAAAUUGCAGUACUGGAUUAAAUGUUUCACCACUGCUCGGUUUUGCUUUUGAGAUGACUUCUGUUGCGUUCUUGAAGCUCGUCGCAGGAUACUUCCACGGAGGCAGGAGGUUCUGGAGGAUCAUCAAUGGCGUCAUUUCGGUUGCGAUCAUUCUAUUUGGUUUGGAAUACACUGGAGCUCCCAUGAACCCCAUUCUCGGGUUUGCAUCAGGGUGGGGUUGCAAGGAUCAUUGGGUCCCCUCCCACCUCUUUGUCUUCUGGUUGGGCCCCUUCCUGGGCAUCAGCAUCGGUGACUGGGUCGUUGACAACCUGAUGGAUGCCGACGGCAAGAGGACGAUGACGACAUCGGCAGCGAAGUCCAGAGAGCGGAAUGGAGUAGUACUAGAGCAGAAUGGAAAUCAUGAGAAAAUUCAUUGAAGGUUUUAUACGCCUUGUUUGUCACUACCCAAUUGUGCCUCUGUUUAUUCCCUCCUUUUUAUCUUUAUCUCCUCUAUGGCUCUAUCUUUUUUGCUUGAGAGAUUGUCUAAACUUCACAAUUUUGACUUAUGUUGAAAAUACCAACAGACUGAACCUCACUUUCAACAUAUCAUUGUGGAAUCACAUGCAUUUUAAUUUCCAGUCCAUAUCUUUUCUCUAUCCUCUAUUAUUCUUGAAAAGUUAAAAUAUGUGUGUUUUGGAAACAGAUAUUUUUUUACGUUUUGAGGUUUUCUAUUAUCUGGGGCUUUUUUUUAGACUGAUGUAGAAAUACUCUGUGAUGGGUUUACAUGUAUAUAUUUUUCAUUCAGCUUCAUUUUCAGUUAAUAUCAUAAUUUAAUGUUAAAAUCUUGAAAAACUAACCAAGAAAUAUCUUUCACUUUUUUUUUCUGGACAAAUUUUUGCUUCAUGUUUGAGCAUUUUAUGUUUAAAAGACCCAAAAAAGAAAAGUUGAACAAGACAAAAUUGCAAUAGAGCAGGGGCUUGUUUCACAAAUUGUGUCUUAAAAUUUAAUUUCAAUUCUCAUUAUAUCAUGCAUUAUAAAGCACCUCACUGCAUUGGUGAAAAUCCUUCUUAAGGAAUGUGCUUUGGUCAUCAAAUUAAUGGGAUUGAAUUUUAUUAUCUGCAUGUCAGCAGUAAGUGCUAUAAAGGGAAAGUUCACCCUCAAGAAAAGUUUGUUGUAAAAAUUAGCAGAAAAAAUACUGCCGAA